UUUCUCCAAGAAGGAACUACGUAAAUCCCACCAGUAGGCCUAUUUCAUCGCAUGAUAGGACGUUUUUUUAUGUAGAAACAAUGUUCUCAGAGACGCAGGUUGAGAAGCUAAAGGCAGCUUUAUUUCCAACGAUCACAUAGCAGCACAAGCAAGAGGUCAUGGGAGACAUGAAACAAAAACAGUCCAAGGUCAAAUCACAAAGAACAGCAGAGCCAGGGCAGUACAAGACUCCUCAACGGAUGGACUGAAGCGUAGUCCUUAAAUAAUGACUAGAACAGGCAUGGGUGUGGAAUGAAUCCCUUAAUGCAAAGACUUAUGGGUGCUUUUGAGGAAUCUUUCCGUCAGGUUCUACAGGAAGUGACAUCAACAAAACAUCAGUACUUACUGCCAAAGGAUUUGAUCAACUGUUACCUGGCAUGGUUUGUAAAUGACUGUAACAGAGUUGAAACGACGGCGUGUCACAGGAUUGGUCUGUCCUGAAGCAGUUCUACGUGUGCUCAGAUGAAGGAGGAUUGAGUGUGUAUGUUGUCUGUGAGUAUAUCGUGUGUGUGGAUCAUCGACGUGUCGGCCGUUCAUGUUGUUGGACUACUGCUGUCGGUGUUGUGGGUUCACUCUGAUCAAACGUCAUGGCCAUCUGCCGGUCAACACUCCACUCCAUGACACCUGGGUAAACACCUGUAGUGCGCUUCACGCUGUUCUUCAGAAUCUCUCCAUGUGUAUGUUGUGCUUCUACUCUUUAUAUUAUAUCGUGGUCAGUCUGUGCAUCGGCAUUCUCAGGGUGGACGAGGUCGACAGUUUGUUAGCACCAUUUGACUACACAACUCAACCAUCAUGGCAAAGCCCCAAAUAUUUAGUCAGUGUGAUCUCGACAGAAGUGACAUACACUGUUGGCGGUCUGAUAUUUGCCUGGAUUGUGGAGGAUUGGGUGUGGGAUUACGCCAUCACCGUCACUCUUCUACACAUCGGACUGACAGUAGCCGUUAUGGCUGACUUUCCAUCAGCUGAACAUUGGUGGAUUGCUCUUGGCUCUGGUUUACUCAUGAUGAUUUUUGGAGGACAGCUCUUGGCGUACAGACUCUUCAGAAAUCAUUUUGUUCAUCCUGCAGAUCUUCAGGAUUUCUGAGUAGCUCCUCUCUGCAGAACGCAACAUCCAGGGGGCAAAGUUGGAUACAGAACCAGUCUCCUCCCAUUGCAUUGUGAUUGGUCGACACUGGAUCCAGUCUCUUUCCACUGCGUUUUGAUUGGUCGACAGAUUUCUGCAGCAGUUUUGCCACAGCACACGUCAUACUCGUGUUGUUGCUCUACCAUUUCCGCAUUGAGUUAUUCUUUUGAUGGAAGACAAACUUUAUUUAUUAACAUAUUUUUAAUAACGUAUUUUAUUAGGUUUAGAAUAAGGGUUUGGGUUAACAAAUAUUUAACUGUGAUCAUUACUUGCAGGCGUACACUAAAUGAUGACAUUGAUAAGAGCAAACGUUGGCGACCACGAGUUGCAACUUACUCUCCAAAUUGCGGCCAAGUAUAUAAAGUGGGAGGAGCUGGAUCUGGAUCUAACCUCGCCCCCUGGAUCUCUCAGUCUCUCUCGCUCUCUCUCUUGUUUACAAUGUUAGGUGUUGCUAGUUUUGUUAUUCCAACAGAGUAGUCUGCAUUAUAAAUAUGUUUGAUUACAGACUCUCUAUGCUAAUAAAACACAUCCAGCAAACCAUAUUUUGACAUUCGUUUAAUCAUGGUCACUCUUUGCCUACAUACAGUACAA